UGCAGCCUGCUCUCAUCUACACUGACCCCUCCUGAGCACUUGCUACCAGCUGCUCUCCUGUGUCCUCUGAUAGCCCAGACUGAGAUGGGCAAGCUCCUGCUCCUAAUCUUUCUCCUGAUGCUGGAGUCUUUUGCUCUUGUGUUCAUCCAAGUUCAAGCUACAGUGUGCAUGGUCUGCAACUCUUUUAAAAGUGGACAUUGUUUGUCAGGCAAGAACAACUGCUCUACAAGAUAUAAUGGUUGCAGAACCAGGAAUUACUUCCUAUUCUCACAAACAGGGAAGUGGGUCCACAAUCAUACCGAAUUGGACUGCCAUAAGGCAUGUCUGGCUAAAAGCAUGUAUUUUGGAGCCUUGAAGAUAUCUACUUUUUGUUGCAAAGGUGAAGAUUUCUGUAAUAAAUAUCAUGGGCAAAUAGUGAAGAACAAUAUUUACUAACUACCAGUUCAUUCAGCAAUGGCACUGUGUCCCAGUUUUCCAUUUCCUCUUCCUGGCAUUUCUUAGCAAUUCCCUCUGUAUGUUUAACAUGAACUAAAUGUCCACACAAACUACCAGUUGUGCUGAGAAAAAGAAAAAUGUAAGAAAUAGAUGAAACAUAAAAGUCAUAUAUAAUUAUACCCUCCUGGCUAUUCAAAAAAAGGAGAAAGAGUCAUGCAUUAAAAGUUUAUGAACUGUUCUUUGCAUUUGGCUAGAGAAGCUCACCAUUCUAUGAUGAUGCUCAUCUUAGAAAGGUCUAAUUUGAUAAAUUAUGUCUAUUUUUCAUCAGUAAGAUAUGAUAAUACAAAUAUAUAAAAAUGUAUUAUGAAAUAUAUAUUUAAUCUUUUUAUGAAUUCAUAUUUGGUAUCAACUGCCUUUUGAGGUACAGAGAAAAUAUCACAAAUGCUUAAUUUGAUUUAGACUACCUUAGAUAUUAAUUAAAUACACUCUACCAGGAAACCUUCUCUGAUCUAUCAGUCAUAGCAGGAGCAAAAGGAGCCACGAAUCUAUUUGCCAAGACUCAAUAGAGAAAGUAGGUGAUCAAACCUCCUGACUUGUGAUCAAGGUCCCAAAUACCUAUGUACCUGUUCUAGAAUAAAGUUCUAGCUCUGGUUGUACCCCAACUUGAGGAAAGAUAAGAAGCACUUA